UCUGUUCUACUUCCCAUUUUCGCUUGUACACAGGAAAGAAUUUAAGAGGAAUUUAAGACAGACACAAGGAAUAAUGGUGUGAAGUUUUGUGAAGUGAAGCGAAGUGAAAAAAAUAUUGUCAUGGCAACCAAUUACAAGAAUAUAAAUGGGGACCAUUCAGGAGAGGAGGAUGUCAGAGCUAAAUCAUUUACUACCCCAAGAAUUUCUAAACCUUCAAAGGAUACACAUGCCAUGAGCCAAAAAUACCCAUCUAGUGGAAUCAGUCAACAAAUCACAAACCAAUUCCAGGAAACCCCAGCAGUUCGGCAAAAACAGUUUCAAUCAGGUGGUCAGAAUAUGUACUCAGCAGGGUUUCAACAACAGUAUGCUGGUAUACCAAACCAUAUGCCUGAUAUGAGUGGCCCAUUUCAAACCAGGAACCAAUUUACAACACCAAUGGGGCCUCCUGUUAUGGAACCACCUAAUUACAGUACCUCAGAGCAAGUUCAGUACUUAGCUAGUCAAGUGUUUGAGAUAUUACAGGAGAUAAGAGAAAUCAGAGGAUUUGCUGGACUGAUAAAUAGCAUAAACACAAAAGUGGAAUAUAUGAUAACCCAGAAUAAUGAACUACGCAGCGUUCUUGAUAAUGUACAGUCAGACGUAAAUACUGUAAAGAACCAACCAAUCAGAUAUGUACCUGAAGAUGAUAUUGACUCAGAAGAAGAAACACCCCAUAUAACUCGAAGCUAUGAACAGCCUUUUAAAUAUGAUCAACAUAUCAGUGGAAACGGUGACCAGAAUACUUAUAAAAGAACAGUAGAUACUAGUCAUGGACAAAGCCUUGCAGAAAAUACAAUUAAUAAUGAACCAAGUUCAUUAGUAUCAAUGGAUAAUGGAGGUCAGCGAUCAGUAGCUGAAUCCACUCGGCCACUUGCCUCAAUACCACAAACAGACGAAAUAUAUCCCCCAGGAAGUCAAAAUAAAGCUGUGCCUGUGUAUGGAGGGAAAGACUCAAUAAAAGAAACAGCAGCAGAUACAACACAUAUAACUUUUAAACAGGAAAAACCUAAUGUCCAGUCACUACCAGUACCUGCUCCAGUACAAAAAAAGACUGUUGAAGUUGCAACAGGCCCUAUGAGUUUAAUGUCAGGUCGACAAUAUAAGUGUAAAAAGACUGAUAAUUCUGAUGAUAAUAGACUAAGUCAUUCUAAUAUGCAAAGUGACCAGGAAGAUUCAGACACAGAAGUAGAGCCUGUUGCCAUAGUCAGACCUCAGCCUCGACCUAAAAGUCCAAAGAUAGUCACUGAUAUGAAAGAAGAGUUUAUUCCAGGCAAAAGUGAAAUGCCUAGAGAAACAUAUCCAGACUUUCCAGAUGACAUGAAGUAUCCCAGACCUAAGGAAGACCAGUUCCUGGAACAGUUAGCCUUGUCUGAAAACUUUAAGGCAAGAGAUUGUUUAGAUCCCAAAUCAACAGGAGCUGACACAGUGAUAUGUAUUGAUACAUCAGAGAGUAUGACGGGAGAAUCUUUUAAGGCUUGUGUUAAUUUUGUCAAUCAGUUUGUUGAUUACAUUGAAGAAUGGGCAACUGAAUAUACAAUAGAAGAAAACGUAGCCAUUGUACACUUUGGAAGUGAGGCUAGAAUAUUACAACAGUUAACAAAUGAUUAUAAUAAAGUCAGGGAAGCUGUUGAGAGAAUGAAGUGUGGUGGUCCAACCCCAAUGAUGACUGGCUUGGUAGUUGCAAUGAGUGCUUUGUUCAACAGAGGUGGACCAGUGACUGUACAUGAUAGACAGAUAAAUCCACGUGUUAUAUUAUUGUCUGAUGGUAAAGCCACUGACCACAGGAUUUUUGAAGGACAAGAUAUGUUACAGCCUAAUGGACUAUCAUGGGAAAUGAUUUCAGACAAAUUAGAGGAUUUUGCUGAGAGAGUUAAGUUAGAGAACAGACAUAUUACAUGUGUUCCUGUUGGAAGUGAUGCUCGGGUUGAUGUCCUGAAAAUUCUAGCUGAAACAACUGGUGGAGUUGUAUCAUCAUUGGACAAGGUCAGACAUCUGUCAAGGUCAUUCUUUGUUGAGGUUAUGAUCAGCCAGACAAGAUAUGAAGGAAUAACAGAAGAUAUCAGGACAAACAGACAAGAAAUAGCUGCCUUAGCUAGAAAUCUACAGAAUGGACGCGAGUUAUCUGAAGUUGAGAUGAAUGAAGUAGUCACAAAGGUAAUUCAAGAAACAGAAGAAGAAAUAGAAAUUCAGAGACUCAGAGAACAGCAACGAAAUGAAAUUGAUGAAGAGAGUGAAAUGGAGGUUGGUCUAAGAGUCAGGAGGGGACCAGACUGGAUGUGGGGAGAUCAAGAUGGAUUUGGAACAGGAACUGUCAUAGGGCAUAAAUCUAGAGGAUAUGUUAGAGUAAAAUGGGAUUGUGGGAAUGUCGGUAGAUAUCGUCAUGGUGCCCAGAAUGCACAUGACUUAGUUGUUGUUGAUGAACCAAGGAUUUUACCAGAUGAAGUUUUGAUAGCUGAAGGGGUCUAUGUUAAAAAAGGUAGAGAUUGGGAGUGGGAUGAACAAGAUGGAGGAGAUGGUUCUGUAGGCUGUGUUUAUCAUGUCGAAGAUGAAGGCAUUGUACAUGUCAGGUGGGAGAAUGGUAUCCGUGGCAACUACAGAUAUGGUGGAUUUGGUAAAAUUGACCUUGAGACUAUAACUCCAAGGGAUUAUGAAAGAAUAAAAGAAAAAAGAAAACGUAAUGCUGAAAAACCCACAUCAAAUAUACCAAGAGAAGAGGCCCCUAUUUUUCAGAAUAUAGGUUCUAAUAUACAAACAGAUGGACCAGGUGAGGAACCAGGUGAAGCAACUGGUUUCCAACAGCCAAAUAUAAACAAUAUAAACCCACCACAGACUGGUCCUACUAGUCAGAGAGAACCAUUUGAUACCAGUAACAUACAACAAGAUUCUAAAUCACAACCAGCAGAUUCAAGUGAUGAAACAGCUAGUAUAACUCCAGCAACAUGGCAGUACAACAAAGAUGGUGAAUGGCAAGAUUACUCUGAAAAUGAUUGUUCAAGAAUAGAAAAAUUGUUUUCUACAAGAAAAUCUGGAACUGUGAUAGUCAAUAUUAAUGGAGAUAACUGUCGGGUGAUACCGCAUAAACUGAAGCAGAAAAAUACAAAAACGGAAGUUGAGAGUACUGUCAGGAGAUUAGAAUGAAGGUAAG